UUGCAGUUCCUGGAGGUAAAACUGGGCCUAAGGCCUCAACAGGUGAAAAGUAAGCUAGAUGAGGAAGAGGAGCGGAGGAAAAGGUGCUGGGAAAAGAACAAAGUGGUGGCAGCCCAAUGCUGGAACAAGGAGAGGAUGGAGCUUCUGCAGCGUGAAUCUGAGUGGCUGGAGCUCAUGAAUGUGGAGCUGAAAACUCAAAUGGAGGAGCUGAAGCAGGAAAGGCAGCAGCUCAUCCUGAUGCUCAACCAGCAUCACCCCACCUGCAUCAUCAGUACCGACAGCAUUGAGACCCCUGACUCAGAAGGAAACCCACUCCUGGAGCAGUUGGAGAAGAAGUGGCCAUGGGCUGGGAGGAGGACGAGAAGGAGGAGGAGAUGA